UCCUCCCGCCCCAGCGGGCGCGGCUCACAGCGCUGCCGCCGCCUCACGGCGCCCCCCGCCGGGGCCUCCGCCCGCGCCGGGCGGGAUGCGGGGCGCUCGCAAGCGACUGUGCUCCGCCUUGAUCGUCGCUUACGGCCUCUUCUCCCUCUACGCGGCCUACACCGUUUUCCUCCGGCCCCGCCGCCCGGCCGCCCGCCGCCCGUCGCACCGGGACCGUCGCGGCCCGCGAGAUCAUGUCGCCUUGGGAAAUGAAGAGUGGAAUCCAUGGGAAGGGGACGAGAAAAAUGAACUGGUUGCUUCUCAGCAGAGAUAUGAAGCUAAUCUUAAGAUGAUAAAAAAUGCAAGAUCUCACCUAGAACAAACCAGUCUUAGAGUACAGAUUUGGGGCAAAGCAGCAAUUGGUCUUUACCUUUGGCAGCAUAUUUUCGGAGGGCACCUUCAGCCAGCUGAUGUGACUGCACAAUGGAGAGAAGGAAGCCAAAAAGCAGGAAAAACAUAUUUCAGCUUCGUCACUGGUCCAUCUGUAGUUCCUGGCUACUUCUCAGUUGAAGCUGAAAAUGUUGUGCUAGUUCUGAAUGGAAGAGAAAAAGCAAAGAUCGCUUACGCCACUCAGUGGUUGCAUUACGCACAAACAUUAAUUCAGACUCACAAAAUACAGCAUGUAGCGGUUGUGCUGCUUGGAAAUGAGCAGUGCAACAAUGAAUGGAUUCAACCAUACCUGAAAAGACAUGGAGGAUUUGUAAAUCUACUCUUUGUUACAUAUGACUAUGCGUUGGUAAAUGAGGAAGAUAUUUUCCAGUGGCCUUUAGGAGUAGCUACCUACAGAAAUUUUCCGAUUGUAGAACCCAGCUGGUCAAUGCUACAUGAUCCAAGAUCAUAUCUAUGUAAUUUCUUAGGAACAGUUUAUAAGAACUCUUCUAGGGAAACCCUAAUGGAAAUUCUGAAGCAGGACGGGCUUGAUAAACUUUGCUGGAUUGCAGCCAGAGAACAGUGGCAGCCUCAAGAAACAAAUGAAAGUUUCAAAAACUAUCAAGAUGCCUUGCUGCAGAGUGAUUUGACAUUGUGCCCAGUGGGAAUAAAUACAGAAUGCUAUAGAAUUUAUGAAGCUUGUUCAUAUGGAUCUCUGCCUGUUAUAGAAGAUGUAAUGACACUGGGUGAUUGCGGAAAUUCAUCAAUGUACCACAGUGCUCCAUUACAAUUAUUAAAAACCAUGGGGGCUCCAUUUAUCUUUAUUAAAAACUGGAAGGAGCUUCCUGCUGUUCUAGAGAAAGAAAAAAAAAUGAGCUUACAAGAAAAGAUUCAAAGGAGAAAAAAGCUUAUAGAGUGGUAUCGAAACUUCAAAGCAUGGAUGAGACAGAAAUUCAUUAAUACUUUGGAAAAUUCAUUUUUGCCCAGUGAUAAAGGAUGAAUUGUUCCUUUUGAAAAUCUAGAAUAAAUUGAAAGCUUUAUUUUCAUUAACCUUCCAAGGAAGCUUUUAUACAAAAGAAAUCUCACAGGGCAGAUGCAUUCCUUUUGAAGUCAACAGAGUUGUGCUAGCUUGACCAAGAGCUACGUUUGGCCCUCCAUCCUUAACACUUUUCAGAGAGGUUGUUGACUUAGCAGGAUGGUAGUCUGUAAGGAUGACAACAAUUUUGUUACUAUUUUUACAAUUUCCAUGUUGGUGUGUGACCUGAUAAUUUUUUUUAGGAGAAUAUCUUUGAGCAUGUGAACUUGUUAAAAUCCAACAUGAGUACAACAGUUGUGUUUGAAGAAAAGAGAAGAGGGAGGGCUGUAUGGUAAAGAGUAAUUUAUUAUGUAGACUAAAGAAGAAAAGUAUGAUUAUAACAAAAUUGCCAGGUUUAGCACAAUCAUUAAGAUGUAUCCUGGCAAGUGCUUGUUUUGAAAAUGUGAACUGUUUACUUGAUUGACAUUUCAUUUCCAAGAAAGUGGCAAUAAAGCUAAACACUGUGGAAUAAAAAUGUAUAUUUCAAGGUAAAAA